AUGAACGUUCGUUUAGAGUUCAACUAAAAUCUUUACUCUAUCAAAGACCCAAUUCGACUAUUUUUCUUCAAAAAUUCCAAUUUGUAAGAUGCAGAUGCCAACACCAAUCCGAGCUCCUACAUGGGUUUCAAGGCGAAGACACUUCGAGCAGAAAUUAUGGGAUUUAGAUAAAUGCAGAGACAUUAACCAACUGAAGCAAAUGCAGGCAUUGGUAUACAAAUCCAAUCUUGAACAAGACCCUUUCAUUUCUCCAAAGCUAAUUGCUGCUUUCUCUAAUUGUAGACAAAUGGGUUCUGUUUUGAAGGUUUUUGAUCAAGUGCGUGACCCUAAUGUGCAUUUGUAUAAUGCUUUGAUAAGAGCUCAUAUUUACAACUCUCAACCAUCUCAAGCUUUUGAUACUUUCUUUGAUAUGCAGUCUUCUGGUAUUUUUCCUGAUAAUUUUACCUUUUCGUUUCUUCUAAAGGGUUGUUCGGGGAAGUGUUGGUUGAGUGUUGUGAGUAUGAUUCAUACCCAUGUUGUGAAAUGGGGGUUUGAGGAUGAUAUAUAUGUGCCCAAUUCGUUGAUUGAUGCUUAUUCCAAGUGUGGGUUAGUUGGUGUCCGAAUUGCAGGUCAGUUGUUUUGGGGAAUGAAGGAGAGAGAUGUUGUUUCUUGGAAUUCCAUGAUUAGUGCGUUGCUGAAAGUGGGGGAUUUGAGUGAAGCGCGGAAGCUGUUCGAUGAAAUGCCUCAAAGAGAUAGGGUUAGUUGGAAUACUAUGUUAGAUGGAUAUACCAAGGCUGAGCAAAUGAGUGUGGCAUUUGAGUUGUUUAAAACUAUGCCACAGAGGGAUGUCGUCUCUUGGUCCACCAUGGUCUCGGGUUAUUGCAAAGCUGGGGAUUUGGAGAUGGCUCGGAUGUUAUUUGAUAAGAUGCCUUCCAAGAAUUUGGUUUCUUGGACAAUAAUGAUAUCAGGGUAUGCUGAAAAGGGUCUUGUAAAUGAGGCAAUUCAGUUGUUCAUGCAAAUGGAGGAGACAGGUUUGAGGCUUGAUGUUGCGGCUUUUGUUAGCAUUUUAGCUGCCUGUGCAGAAUCGGGCAUGCUUAGUUUGGGUAAAAAAGUGCAUGAUUCCGUCGAAAGGAGUAUGUACAAGUGUAAUACUUUGGUUUGUAAUGCGUUGAUUGAUAUGUAUGCCAAGUGUGGAUGUUUGCACAAGGCUUAUAAAGUCUUUAACGGGCUGAAAAAAAGAGACUUGGUAUCUUGGAAUGCUAUGAUACAUGGGUUGGCUAUGCAUGGACGUGGAAAGAAGGCACUUGAGCUCUUCAUUAGGAUGAAGCAAGAAGGAUUUGUGCCUGAUAAAGUGACAUUAGUUGGUAUAUUGUGUGCGUGCAAUCAUACUGGUUUGGUGGAUGAGGGAAUACUUUUUUUCUAUUCCAUGGAGAAAGAUUAUGGGGUAAAACCUGAAGUAGAACAUUAUGGUUGUCUUAUUGAUCUUUUAGGCCGUGGUGGCUAUGUUAGAGAAGCUUUUGAACUUGCACGAAAGAUGCCGCUUGAACCUAACGUUAAAAUUUGGGGUUCCCUUUUAGGGGCUUGCAGGAUGCAUAAAGAUGUUGAACUUGCAGAUGACUUGCGUAACCUCCUAGUUAAAUUAGAGCCUAAAAAUGCUGGAAAACUUUCUGCAUUGUCGAAUAUUUAUGCUUCAGCAGGAGACUGGGAUAAUGUUGCCAACAUAAGGUUGAUGAUGAAGAACAUUGGCAGGCCAAAUCAAUCCGGUGCCAGCUUAUUACUAUUGAAUGAUGAAUACCGUGAAUUCACCGUGAUGGAUAAAUCUCACGUCAAAUCAGACAAGAUUUAUCAGAUGGUAGACAGAUUAGGUCAGCAUCUUAAAUUGCUUUCUCCUGUUCCAGCAGGUCUUUGCGAUGAAUGAUGAGUUUCAUGAACUGAGAUGUGUCUCUUACAUCAGACCAGAUAUAAUAGAUUUAUGCAGUUAAUCAACACUUUCUUGUAAAUAGUAUUCCCAGAUAAGUUAACUAUUAUGUAACGAUACAAAGCUGCAAUGAUAAGUAUGAUUCCUGGGAUCAAUCUCUCUCGAAGCAGCAAUGACACUUGAAAUAAAGGUGAAAUUUGUUGUA